AUGGGCAACGGAGGAAGCUGCUGUUAAAGCAGAGAAAAAGAGGCAAUAACGAUUCAAUCAACCGACUUCCUAGAGAAAUUCAAAGAGAGUAAGAUUCAAUUUAAAUUAAUUAAUAAACAGGGCAAAGAAGAGCAAGAACAUAGUCUAAAAAAGUAACAAUUCGGAACGCUUCGAUCGAAUAAUUUGAAACUAAGCGCUGAGAAAAUAAGUAAUUCAAGCUUUGAUGCUUAUAAAGAUGCUGCUAUAGGUCCGGGCAACGAUCUGAAGAACAUGUCAUUUUCUAACAUAGAUUUUAACGAAGACCAUUACGCAUUUCACGCACCUAACAUUAACGAAGACUAUGAUGAAGCUCUCAAUUCUAAGCAUGAAUAAAUGGAGGAAAAUGUGAUGCCAGAUAAGGACUCACUUAUCAAGGAACAAAACUAGUACAUAAAACUCAUGGAUAUGUCACCAAAAAGUGCUUUCGGGUCCAAAAAUAUUACUCCAGUUAAGAAUAUAACUCUACUCAAAUAAUAAUAAUAAGAAGUUUAUAAUGAUGUUAAUGAGGAUUCAGAUAGACAUUCUUUAAUCCCUCAAGGCAAGUUGAGUGACCCAAGCAAAAGAUUCUCUGCAAGAUACAAUGACAAUCCAAGAAUAAAGUAAACCAGCGUAGGUGGAGGAAGUCUGGUUAAUGAUUCCUUCGUAAGUGAGAUGAGGAAACUUAACAACUAAAACGACCAGAGUAAAUCCAACAUCUAACUUAUCUAGAAUUAAUUUGGUGCGAAGAAUGCCCUUAAUGGAUAUCAAUCAGCUAGAGUCACUUAAAAGGAAAAGAGCAACAGCAGGAGCCCAAAGAAGAUUAAUGUGUCUGUGAUUAAGUUGGAUUCAGUUGCUAAGAAAGAGAAAUACUUUAGACCAUCCAGCAGCUAGCUCAAUGAAAAUGCUAAUAAUAUUAAAAGUUCACCAAUGACAAUCACAAUUGAUCUAUUUAAUAGUAAUAAUAACUCAAGACCUGUAAGUAGUCAAUCAAACAUGAUUGCUUUCAGGUAAAAUCCAAGCCUAAACAGAAUCAGUUACGGAAACAAUCUAGCUUAGAAUAAAAUACUUGGACAAACGUUGCACGUGCAUGGCAAAACUCAAACAAUCUUGCCAAGAUAAACAAUUAACAAUUCAAGACUAAUGACUGGUCCUAAUUAUUUGGAAGCUAGCUAUGUUUCUGGAGUCUCUCAUGGAAAUGGUCAAAGAAGAACUAUGAACUAUGAUAAUAUAUCUAUGAGGUCUUAUCAACCUCCUUCUCAAACUAGCUACAUCUAGAACAAAAAACUAGAUGAAAGCUAGGAUGAGUAAGAGCCAUUCUAAACAAAAAGAAAGGAUUUGGAGGAUGAGAGUAUGGACAGUUUCAAAUAAGAGGGUCAAGUAAAUAAACCUGGCUAGUAAAAGAAGAAUGCUUAAGACAACAUGAGUGAUGAAAUCGAUGAAAUUCACGAGAGUGAUUUCGAUGAGUAGGUCAUUGAUUCAGAAUCAGAGGAUGACGAAGUUAUACAAGAUGAAAGCAACUUAGACUAUGAAUCAGCCGAUGAUCAAGCCCUUCCUCAUGCUAAAAGUUACCUGAUGAUGAGCAACUUUUAAGAGAGCCCAGAGUACAGAACAUUAAAGGGUUCAAUCGUUGAUACUGAUAUGAACAAGCAGAAUCAAAGAGUCUCAACUGCCUUUAAUUAUAAUGCAACUAUUUAAUCAUACAACUCUAAAAAUACAAACAGCAACAACAAGAAUAGCUUCACACCUCUUUCGUAAUCAAUUGCAGGUAACAUCUAAGGAGGUUCAACUAUGAACAGCUUAGAUUUGAAGAAGAAGAUUGGAACUAAUAUCAAGAAACAAGCAGUAGCAGGAAACAAAUCCUUAAGUAACAAGUUUUAAACUGGAGUUAAGAAUGCUUACGGUGCAUAAUUAUUGAACUCAAAGAAAAUUAUAAACACUAAUAUAAGUUCAACUUUAACUUCAACUAAAAAGAAGAGAUGA